AAUUCUCCCAAGUGGCACAUCACAAAAGUGAAAUAGACUAUAAAGUUUCAAAAAAACUGUUAUCUAGAAAACAUGACCUGUGUCAGGGACUGUCCAGUGAGAAUUUUACAAGUGUAUCAGGUUAGCACAGUAAGUGAAACAGCAGAAUUUCUGAGUAGUCUUGGAAACAUUCAAUCCUUAUUCCAUGUCUCAUGUGUCAACUUCACGGGAAUUCUUUCCAGAGGACUCCUAAUGCCAAAAGUGAUUGUUGAAGAUCAUGACCUGGUAAGAACUGACAUUGGGAACCUGGGUAGUGGCAGUUACUUCAGUGAUUCUGUUAGGUUUGAGUAACAACAUAUCUCUUUACUUUAUCCGUUGUGUAUUCUUU